AUGGCUCUAGUCAUCAAAGAGGUUUCAGAAAAUUCAAAAUUUCUUGAGUUGUUUUCCAAAGCAGCACAUCCUUAUUCUAGAGCAGUCUUUGAGAUAGCUCUGAUAAGAAUAUGGAAGAAACAUUCUGGCCAGUCAGAGUCUUCUAGCAGGGAUUAUUUUUCAGAUUUUAUUGUGUCUUGUGGCAAUAGGAGAUUAUCUGAUGAUCUUGCUAAAGCUCUAGACAUUUUUAUCAAGGAAAAACAUGCCCAAAAGUUGGGCAAAAAUCUAUUAAUCAGGCAGCUUAGGCUGGAUCUUUCUACUUCUGCCAGAAACAACUUUUUGGACAGCAUUCAGAAAAUCACACUAUCCUGUCUACAAACACCCUAUCCUCCCAAGGGCCAUUGGAUCUAUGAAGAAGCUGCUGCCUACAACUGCUGGAAAGACUGGAUUGUCUCUGGUCACCAACCAGAUUCUCGCAUACCUCGCAAACCUCUUCUUCACAUUAAUCCCUCUAACCUCCAACUAGUGGUGCAUGAAGCAGAAAGCUGCAUUAUUAGGGAUGCAGCAGAUUCCAGCAUCAUUGCGGUAGUAAUGCGAAAUUUCUGUGGCCAUCCUGGGGUAUUAUCUUGGGUUGAUGAAGUCAUCUGUGAUGUAGUGCAGGAAAAAAAAAGCAUCAGGCUUGAAGAUCCAGGCAUUCUUGCUCAGAUAGGAUAUUCUGCAGGAUCCCGCUCUGCAUCCAAAUUUGACUGGGUGAAAAACCUGCUGACAACCAGACUCUCUUCUGAUGAGGUGGAUGCACUGGACUUUAGUUCAAGUUCAGUUUUUGCACUGUUUUGGAAUAUGUGCAAGGCUUCACUGCCCCAGGAAAUCAUUGGUGAUUUCUGCAACUUUCUGGAGGCCAACAAUAUCUGCCGCAUGGACAGAGUAGGAAAUUCUACCAACAACUUGAAUCCACUGGGCCGAUAUGUGGUUGGAACAGGAGAGAAUGGUGUCUACUAUGAGUUUAAUGGGGUGGAAAUGGCACCUCCAGCUGGUGUCUUUGCCUUAAAUUAUUCUAGGGCAACUCAUUCAGAGAUCCAGCCUCAUAAAUUUGCUCUUUCAUGGACAACCAACCGAUCACCUCAAAGUAUUGGUGGACACUUUUAUACCAGCUCUCAUGGUAUUCAGAUUAAAAGUGCUUCCAAUACUCUUGUGGUCUGGCAGCCAAAGGAUGUUCAUGGCACCAGUCUUCAAGUUCGGAACCCUGAUGAUCCCAAUCCAGCCUUCAUCCAGACUGGAAUGGCUAUAGUAACUUCAAAUAGACUUCCUAAUGCAUGGAAAAAGUACAGGGACACUAAUUCCGGAAUCACUCAAUUGCAGUUGGAGCUACAAGGGGAGGAAGUAGAUGACACCCCAGACACUUACCCUACUACUUAG